AUACAGUUGUAAACAUACAGUCACAUUUGUUGGUUGCUUGUUUUUUCUUCUUCUCAUUUCUGUUUCGUCCAUUUGUGGAUUAGUUGUGAGUCGUGUGUAAGACAGCAGAAGUGUUUCCCUUGAUUUGAUUGUGUGUUGAUAAAUAUAAGCAAAUCGGCAAAAAAAACGACGAAAAGAAAGCGCUAUAGUGAGAAGGAAUAGAGGGAGAGAAACACGAGAAUUAUUACAAAUUAAAUAAUAGGCCAUACAACACGUCGUAUCUCUCGCUGCAGAGACUGUCUUCAAUACUAUUUGGCAAUCGACAAAAAUUGUCAUCACGCGUUCAUUGUGCAUUACCAUAGCAAGCGAAGUUAUCGUUUGUGUAUUAAGUGUCUAAAAUUCGAAGCGUUUCUUCAUUAUUAAGCAAGUGAACACAUUUUUUUUUGGGAAAAAGUUUGUUUCUGCGAACGGAGCAAAAGAGACAAAAAAACUAUUCAAAAUUAUCAAAUCUACUCGAAUAACUUGUUGAUCGAGUCGUUGUGUGCAUCUUUAUUGUGUCGACAAGUUAAUUGAUUUUGUUUCGACAAAAGAAGUCAACGCUUUAUUCAGAUAACGAAAAACGAAAGAAAAGGUUUUUAUUCAAGUAAAAUCACACUCUCGAUUUUUGAAGUAAACAUGUCGGAAGUAGAAAAUUCCACAACAACAGACAUUGAUAACAAUGUUCAGGAAACACCAAAAUCAACGCCAAGAAAACGUUUGUCACGCGCCGAAAAGGCUCGAAUUGAAAGUGAAGAACUGCUGAAGGCGCUCGGUGUAACAAUGGAAGCAGGCCGCCAAACGAGGUCAAGUCGUCGCGGAACCAACACUGUUGAAACACCAAAAUCUGAACCAGCAAAGCGCAAACAACCUAGCACGCCGCGUACAGCCAAAAAGCCAAAAGUCUUUGAUAUCGAUCAAAUUGACAGCACAAAUCAUGUGGAAGAAGGGAACAAUGCCGACGCACAGAUUGCUGAAGCACCAAUUGCAGCAAGUUCGGCAUCAGCAAAAAUCGUUCAAAACGAUGCUGACGAAAAACCGGCUGCAUCCCAAUCGGUUUCAAAUAAUGGGAAAAAAAUGGAAGUUGACGAUCCAAUGGAAUGCACACAAUCGGAUGAACGAACACUACCGGAAGAAAUUACACAAGCGAAAAUUGUACCGCAACCGGAAAUCAUUGAAGAUUCGCCGAUUGAUGAUGAGCCACCAAUCGAAGAAGAUUCAUUACCAAUUACAAGCGAAGAUGCACAACCAUCAACGGCCGUCGAAGUCACCGAAAUAUUCGAUGAUGAGAAUGUGUCCGCUUCAGCCGACACAACAGCACCACUUGUUGUUGACACCGAACCAAUUGUUAUUUCACCACCACUAUCCGAUUUCGAGAGCAAAGAUGAACCGAUUGAGUUGCAAUCAUCACCGAGUGACACCGAUGAGACCGCCGUCACUAAUUCACAAGUUGUGCCGGAUGCAAUUGUCGAUUUGGAAUCAUCAUCAUCCAACGAAGGUGAUGCAAAGAACGAAGCGGCUAAUAAUUCACAAGAGGCAAAUUCAUUGGACUUGGAAGUUAUCAAUUCCGAUUCAUCGUUGGGCGAUGAACCACAAGCAUCCAGCACCGAAGAAAAACCGAAACCAACAUCCACAUCAACAGCCGAAGUCACCGUCACAGAAACCAACGAUACGGUACCAGUUGCUAAAACAAAUGACAUCUCGGAUAAUUCGGUGCAUUCAAGCGAACCACCACAAAAUUCGGUUGGAUCCACAAACCAAAAAUCCAGCCCAGACAAUUUUCGCACCACAAUUACAUCAGUUGACACCCCAAUAGAGGAGACAAUCACAACAACAUCAGAAAAGUUGGUGCAACCAAACGCUACAACUGCGUAAACUACCAAUUACCGGACACACGUGUGAAAUAAAUAUGAAAAAAAAAAACGACGAAAAAAAAUCAGAGUUCAGAAACUAUCUAUUUUAAAGAGAGUUUGCAAUAUAUUUGAUGAUACAUUUUAAUGUGUAGAUUUAACGAUUUCUUAUUGAUUAAGGCGAAGAAUGGAUACAUUUCUUCCACAUCAUUUUUGUUAUUUGCAUUUUGAAACAAAAAAAAGGUAACAUUUUUCAGAAUGAAUGAAAAACAAUUUAAAAAUAAUGAAGACAAAAACCAUCUAAAAACAAUUUGUUUUAAACAAACAAACGAUUUGGUAAUAUACAAAACAAUAACAUGUACAUGAACCAACUAGAGUUGAAAUCUAGCAUGGUUGAUAAUUUCAUUUGAAUUCAAUUUUUCGAUUCGAUGAGAGCACGCACACAAUGAAAUUUAAAAUACAACAAUAUUGUAUAAAAAUGCAUGAAGAAUACAAAAUCGCAUAUUUUGCUUAUUAAAGCAAGGUUCGGGCAUGUAAAAAAAUUUGAAUUACCAAUGGCAAUAUCAAUUAAUUCAAUGAACAGACAGAUCGAAAAGAUUUUAUUUUUUUAAAAAAGCACCGAAGAAAUGCCAUGAUUCUUAACCAUUUUGAUAAAGAACGAUUUUUUCAUAUUUUUUUUGUUAUUUCUUACAGUAGACUUAAGUUCGAUACCUUUUCUUGUUAGCACACUACAAUUAUAAGUUGAAGUUUGAUCUUAAAUAAAGUUACAAGUCAAAAAUCGAAUUGGUUUGUUGUCUAAAGCUCAAA